AUGGCUAUGGGGCAAGGUCGGAUCAUGGGAACUCCUCAGGUCGGCUGCUGCGGAAGCAGCGGGGACGUUCGCUCCACCAUUGCAACUCGAGGCAAAGGUUGUCUCAAGAAGAACGGCGGCAUGAAGAACGUGCCGGCGCCCGAGACCGGCAUGCGUGUUGGAUGUUUCAUGUACGCGAUAUUCGGCACAGAGCACUCCCUGCUUUUUGUUUCCGGUCUCAGAGAGAAGCCGUGUCGUGCCCGAUCCCGCCAGGACCAUGCCAAGAAGGUCUUCUCCAGUGACUCCGAAGUGCCGCUUUACAUGGGGCGACACCCCAUCCGGCAGGAUCCUGCCGGUGGAGGCUCAGAGCCAGAAAGCGUUCUUUGGAAGAACUUCCAGUGCGACCUCAAGGUUGUGCCAUACAAAGUGAUGGCUUCUAUCGCCGGUAUAGCCGUUUCAAUAUUGUUUUGGGGCGUCUUCUUCUACUUUCCCUUCGCGGUGUACGAGGCAUGGUCUUACUCUGCACUGAGCCAGCCGACCGACUUUGCAUCGGAGACAACUUUCAGCCUGCUGGUAGUGGUUGGCAACCAGCUCUUGUACUUGCUUUGCGACAAAGCCUCCAAGCAUAUCGGCUUUCGUUUCGCCAGUCAGGAGCUGGCUGCCUACACGGGCCUUUACACGAUGGCUUUGCUGUCCAACAUGUUCAUCGACAUGUGGAUCCUGUGGUACACGACGACCACAGCGACGGAGAAUCUGGGCCUCGAGGUGACAUGGCGCUCGUUCCUCCUAAAUCAGGAAGAGCGAGUGAGUUUUCCACUUCGGGCCAAGUUGGGCGAACGCCUUUAUGCCUACAACUUUCCCUCUUGCUUCUUGCUGCCCUUCCUGUGUGAAGCCUUGUUCGCGGUAAUCCUGCCCUACCACGUGUACAGUAAGCUGGUGGGAUCGCAGCCAAUCAGUCAAAGGGGCGCAGAUGCUUGCCUCCUGCCGAUUACUUUCGACAUGGCACGCUACGCAGACGUGGUCCUCAACAUGACCCAAGCUACGGUGUCGCUUUUCUUCUCUCCAGGCUAUGUGUGGCCUACAUUCAUCUUCUUGUUCUUCAGCCACCUCUUUGUCUAUGCAUGGGAUCAUUACCGGGUGCUGCGGCAUGUGCGACAAUUCCGUUUUUCCUCGUAUCGAACAGAGAAGGUUGCGCAGCGGCUUCUGGCAGUGCCCGGGGCAAGUCUAGCGACCUGCGUGAUGUUCCAGCUCUACCAGGUACAAGCUGUUCGACCCACAACAAAGUUUGCGGCCGUGGUCACCCUCUCCGUCCCGGCCCUGCUUCACAUCGCUCUGUAUAUGCUAGUCCUGGAGUAUGCCGUGCCGUGGCUGGGUCGCACGGCGCAUGUGCCUGCAAUGCAGCGCUACAGCGAGGUGGCAAAGAUCUUCCCCGGGAACUUCUUCAACAUGAAUCCUGUUCACUGUUUGCGGUCGAGGUACCUUCAUAAUCAUCAACCCCCGUGCAUCUUCUACCAGAUCGGCAAGGAACAUCUCCUGGAGCCUAAUCCCAAGCUGGGAUUGUUCUACAGUGCUCCGGAGUGGAACAACGAGAAGACCUCCACGUUUCUGGAACUGGCACAGUUUGCCCGAAAGUCGCUCGGCGGAGCUUUGGCCAUGGCACACCCACGCUUCGCGCUGCAAGAGAGCCAGGAGGCGCCCCAGAGACUUCCUAAAAUUCGACUCCAAAAAUCGGGCGCAGCUCCGAUUUUUGCGGUUUUUUGGUGCGUUGUUUUUAUGGUUUUUGGUGUUACCUGUUGCCUCCUGGUGUCUGCCGACUGCCGUGAGCUCCGCAGCUUGCCGCCUUGUUCCCCCGAUGGCCCGAUCAUGCCACCGAAGAAGCUGGUCUUGAAGAUCGAUCGCAGCAUCCAUCUGAAAAUUCUCCAUGAGGACGAUCAGGUGCUUGCAGUGGCGAAGCCAUUUGGAGUGCUAGCUCAUCCCUCACCGGGCUUUUGGGAGAAAGGCACCAUAGCGCAUGCUGUGGUGGACAGAAUGCCUGCAGAAAUGUUAGAAGAGAGGGGCAACCAUAAUGAAUGGGACAGCUUCAUCCCUCGCUGCAUCGUGCAUCGCCUGGAUGCUGGCACGACUGGUGUGAUGAUCAUGGCGAAAAGUAUCACAUCAGCGUCUCAUCUGGCACAACAGUUCAGAGCUGCCGACUUCAUGUACCAUGCACCCCUAGGAAAGAAGGUCUAUGUGUCUCUGCUUCUGGGCGAUCCAGGCGGGGCUGCAGAAAGGAGGGAUAUAACAGUGAUGCAGAGCAUCGGCCGACAUCCGAAGAACGGCCGGCUCUGGGCGGUUGUUCCAGAUGGCAAGCAAGCUAAGACGGUCAUCCGCGUGCACGCCUUCAGCAAGAAGCACUCGCUUAGUCUUGUAACAGCUGAACUUUUCACAGGUCGAACUCAUCAGAUACGGGUGCACUGCUCCCAUUUGGAGGCGCCCGUCGCAAAUGACAGUCUCUAUGCACCAGCAAGCAAGAACAAGGCCUUUCAGCAGUCGUUGGAGAUAGCAUUGCCCAAAGGGCGCCAGUUGCUGCAUGCAUGGGCGCUUGAUCUGGAUCACCCAACACGGGAACGUGGCGCCUUGCGGCUUCGAGCACCACUUCCGGAGGACAUGGCUGCAAUUGUGAAGAAAGUUUGGCCGCUGACGCCACGUCAGAUGCGCUGGCUGGAGUGGUGGGAGUCGUCGGACGAGGGCCGGAGAUGGACAUGUGAGCGGGACCUUUGGGAAGAACAGCGGCAGAAGCGACCGAAAAGCCACUCUCGGCGGCUGCAGUCUUCCGCCUUGACCGAGGGCAGGGACGACCAAAGAUUGGACUCCCCUCAGCCUUCACCUGAGGCCUCAGGCGGUCCUUGA